AUGACAAACAAAACUUUUCUGCGUUUUAUUUCCCUUACACCCUUUCUUCUUUCUACUUUACAUUUCUUUCUUUCCAAUACUUCUUCGCCGAUUCAUGUUUUCUUUCUAAAUGUUUUUCAUUGUCUGAGCGGGCGUUCUAUAAAACAUUCAUUUUUUUCUACAUCCUACUUUUUCUUUCUUUCUUUUUUAACCUAUUUUCUUUCUUUCUUUCUUUCUUUUUUUCAACCUCAUUUUUUUAGUUUUUGUCCUUCUUUUGUCAACCAUAUUUUACCUUCUUUCUUUCUUUCUUUCUUCUUUUCUUUCUUUCUUUCUUUCAACUUCCAUUUUAGUUUCUUUCUUUUUUCAAUCUCAUUUAUUAGUUUAUUUCUUUAUUUCUUUUAUUCAACCUCAUUUUUUAGUUUCUCUCCUUCUUUUGUCAACCAUAUUUUACCUUCUCCCUUCCUUCCUUUCUUCCUUCCAUCUUUUCUUUCUUUCUUUCUUUCUUUCUUUCUUUCUUUCUUUCUUUCUUUCUUGCACUCUCCUUCUUUCUUUAUAAAUAUGUUUUGCUCAUUUCGUUAUCUACCAUUUCUAUGCGUUCUUCUUGAAAUAAUUCUUCUUCCUCAACUUGACCAUUUCUCUUUUUAUUCUGUAUGCUCAUAUCUAUCUAUCUAUCUAUCUAUCUAUCUAUCUAUCUAUCUAUCUAUCUAUCUCAAUAUAUUCAUAUCUAUCUAUCUAUCUAUCUAUCUAUCUAUCUAUCUAUCUAUCUAUCUAUCUAUCUCAAUCUUUUCAUAUCUAUCUAUCUGUCUAUCUAUGCAAAUGUAUUCAUAUCUAUCUAUCUAUCUAAAUAUAUUCAUAUCUAUCUAUCUAUCUAUCUAUCUAUCUAUCUAUCUAUCUAUCUAUCUAUCCCAUGAAGAUGUUCAUAUGUAUCUCUAUCUCUCUUAA